CGGCCAAACAGGUAGAGUCUGCCUCAACGUCCAUGUCUAGUUUGCAAGGCUAUGUCGACCGUCGCGUCACUCUUAUUCUGCAGGACGGACGCGUGAUCAUUAAAGGGCAUCCUAGCCGGUUUUGACCAAAAGUCGAACGUGGUCUUAUCAGAAUCCAAGGAGCGAGUCUAUAGCAUGGAGGAAGGCGUGGAGGAGGUCCCUCUAGGACUGUACCUGGUAAAAGGCGACAUGAUCGUUCUCAUAGGCGAAGUUGACGAUGCAAUCGAUCAGGCUGUCGAUCUGAGCGCGACUCGGGCGGAGCCGAUACCACCGAUUCGCUAUUAGCGCAUAACCAAUCUCGACGACUGCCCCAUUGGACCAAGGGAUGCGCAAAAGGGCCGACGUUUGGAGUGCAAUUGAACGAAUGAUCACGUUGUCCGUCGCGUUGACGAGCAUUCAAAAUGGCCCAAAGAACUUCUGCUGCAAAUGGAGCCUCGCGCGAUCGCGAUUGACUGUCUGUCCUCAUCCGCGUAUUCAAGGUCAGGGCGUUAUGUCUUGCAGUGUCGGGUGGAAGCACGCAGGAGAUCGCCUGUACUUGAUGUCUCACAAAACUACAACGAGCUACAGUAGCUGUCUGCGAAUAGCAUCGGUCGAAAUAUCGAUUUGGAACUUCUUACUUCGUCUCAUCCUUCCCUGCCACCUUUCGUUGGGUAUCUUUGUCAAUGUGCGACCUCACGCAGGAGAUUCAUGUUCCCCGCAUAUACUUCAAAAAAAAUAAUCAUCUGCCCUCCCCCCAGUGUGCGCAAUGAUGAUUGUGCUCAGCAGCCUCCGCCCGCCAACUUUUCAUCUUUACAAGAGAUCAAGUCAACACUCGUGUUCGGGAGGCGAUCAGAGUAUCCAUGAUGUGAACGCGCUGAGGGCCGAGAUUGGCACGAAUAACGGCCCGUGUACCGCGGCAUCGCCACGUAAACAGUUGGGCUUGAGAAAUUGUGGAGAAGUUUGCCGCGAAUGAAGUCUCCGUAGAUAGAACUCGACGCGUUGAGGGCAGAUUGCAUUGAGCGGUGACUACUACCGCGCUGUCUCGGCUUAUUCCGAGAGAGACGACUGCUGGACCACAGCAAUUUAUCGCGCUUCUCAUCGUGACACGGAAGAAGCCCUCCGAUUCUUGACAUAUUGCACUGCCACUCAAAGCGCCCUCACACACACGGCCAUCUGUCUCCCUUUCCCAUUUCCUGUCCUGCAUUGAACCCAGUCACUCGUUACCACUAUGUCAUCCAUCCAAGACGACAAAAUCCAAUCCGUUUCUCUGACCUCGCUCAAAGAUGAUGAGGGAGAGUCAUUCUCCAACUCGUUACCCGCCCCCGUCUCCGUCACCCCCGCCGCCAAACCGAAACCGAAAGUGCCCAUCUUCGUCAUCAUACCUGUCUGGAUGGCCCUCUCCGUCUCCGUCAUUCUCUACAAUAACUACUUGUACUCCGAUCUUGAAUUCAAGUAUCCCGUAUUCCUCGUUACAUGGCAUCUCACGUUCUCUGCCAUCGGUACCCGUGUGUUACAGCGAACGACAAACCUCCUAGACGGAACGAAGGACAUCAACAUGAGCAAGGACAUGUUCCUCCGGUCCAUUCUCCCCAUUGGCGUGCUUUUCAGUGGCAGUCUCAUUCUCAGCAACACCGCGUACCUUUAUCUCAGCGUGUCGUACAUCCAAAUGCUCAAGGCGUUCAAUGCCGUCGCCGUCCUGAUCAUCUCAUGGGCAUUCCGCAUCUCAGAGCCGAAUCGCAAACUCGGCGUGAUCGUCUUCAUGAUCUCGUUCGGUGUCGCGCUUACAUCCACCGGCGAACGGCAUUUCCUUCUGCUCGGUUUCAUUAUCCAAGCUGCCGCGGUCGGCUUCGAGGCUGCCAGACUUGUGAUGAUUGAGGUCUUGCUUCACGGCAUGAAGAUGGACCCGCUGGUUUCGCUUCACUACUAUGCGCCCGUUUGCGCCAUGAUCAAUCUCGUGUUCCUCCCCUUCACCGAGGGACUGCAGCCCUUCUACGAACUUGCCCGCAUCGGACCGCUCAUCUUGAUCAGCAACGCAGCGGUCGCCUUCUUGCUCAACGUGGCCGCCGUGUUUUUGGUUGGGGUGGGCAGCGGACUGGUGCUCACGCUGGCCGGUGUGCUCAAGGACAUUCUGUUGAUCACUGGAUCUGUCAUCCUUUUCAGUGCUCAGGUUUCACCUUUGCAAGUUUUCGGUUAUUCGAUUGCUCUCGCCGGACUUGUGUUCUUCAGAACGAUGGGAAAGUAGAGGUCGGGGUGUCUUUGCUCUGUACGAUGGAACAUUUGGAGUAUUACAUGGCACAUAUCAUAGACUCAGCUUGCUGGCAGCUCUAGUUAUAGAACACUUGUGCGAUUUCUUUCGGUACUUAUACAACCAUGUAUUUCGACUCGAUAGACGCCUUCUAUUCGGUUCACAAGGCGCGCGCGUAAUUGAAACGUUUGGGUUUAUUGA